CACGGUGUGGGUUGUUUCUAUUUUUCUUGAGUGUGAACCGGAGUUGGUUGUCCAGAGGUGCCAAGACCAGAGGGUGAGGCAUUAUUAGACUGCCUCACAUUCUGUUUACAAACUUGUGACAAACCCAAGACUGAACCCCUUGUGCUCACCCUAUCCCCAAUCCCUCCCCUGAGCUGCGUUCUUUCAGGGACAUGAAGAACUAAAUUCCACCAGCCCCAGGUAGCAGGGUGCAUUAACCUGCACAUUUCCUUACAGGAAACAAAUACUUUGUUUUGGGUGGGGUGGGUGUGGCCUUUUUACAUAGUCGAAAGUGAAGCAGCCAAUUUAAGAUGAACACAGGAUUUGGGGCUAGUGGCUCCUAUCACGUGAUAGAAGUGGUCUCCUUGGUGCCUAUUGAUGAUAUCACCAUGGUGCCCCAAGGACAGAUUGGGCAAAUCUGGUCUCUGAAUGAUGAGACAGCACCCUCCUAGGAGCAAAGUGGAAGUACGCAGGAUGCUUCAGAGGCCAGGGUCACGAUGAGUGGUUUCUGCCACUCAGAAAGGGUGAGCCUGGGCAGGACGGGUGGGCUGAGAGGCACUGGCCAUGGGCAGGGAGGAGACCCAGGAGACGGGCUGUCCCAAAAACUUUGGCAGUGGCCCAGCAAGGCCUUUAGUGUCUAGAGGCCCUGCCUUGUCAGAGAGCUUAGCUCUGUCUGCCUACUUUCCUCCAAGCCAGAAGGAGGAGCUCAGGCCCAGGAGAGGAUGUAAGUGUAGACUGUGUCAGCUGUGCUGGCUUCCAGUGUUUAGGCUUGGGGGAUGAGUUUCCAUUCUUAUCUGAUGCUAGGCAACUGAGAAUCUGAGGUGACAAAGAAAGGGGCCUUUUCAAAGCUCCUAUCUGGUGGGGGAAGAUGAAUAAAAACUGGCAUUUAAAUUGAGAUGUUCCUAAAAACCAGGGGAACACAGAUGAAGCAGGCAUCGGGGGUCCAGAAGGCUAGAAGUAUGCCAGGUAGAGAACUGAGUUAACCCACGAAAAGAUAACUGUACAAAACAGGCAGGAAAGGGGGUGGUAUAUUUAGAAGAAAGAGCAGUUCUGGUUGCCGUGUGUGCACGUGCAUGCAUGCGCACACCCGGAAGCAGGGGGGUGGGGAAGGAUGUGGAGGGCACUGAAGGAGAAAAGUAAGGUAGAAGGAAGUGUGGGAGGAGAGGUAAUCAAGGGCUAGAUCAUGAAAGAUGUUGUAUGCUUCCUUUUAAAAGUUUUGGAUUUUAUCCUGUAGGCAAUGGAGAGUAUGGAAGGACUUUAAGUAGGCAAGGGCCAUCAGACUGGAGGGGAGGAGGGGAAUAACUCUGUUAGAAGUAUAGAAGAUGAAAGGAAAAUUGAGAUCAGGUUUUUUUUCCUUUAGCUCCCUGUACUUCCUUCAGUUUGAACCUGUGGAGUCAGGAUCUUGAGCAUCUCCUAGGAUAGCAAGUGGAACAGUAAUUAUAAAAAGUGACUAAACUUUGGUGGAGGAUGUGAUAGUGGGGAGGAUCUGCAUGUGUGAAUGCACGGGGAAUAUGGGAAGUCUCUGUACCUUCCACUCCAUUUUGUCGUGAACCUAAAACUGCUCUAAUAAAUUAAGUCUAUAAAUUAAUAAUAAAAAAAAAAAAAAAGACUGGCAAUAACUUGAAAAGCACCUUGGAAUAGCAAAAGAAUACUAGCUUUGGAAGUCAUUCUUCCACAUUUCAAUUACUGCUCAAUCUCUUAUGAGUUGUGAUUUUUGACAAAAUUUAACAUCUUCAUGCCUGUUUUUACAUUUAUAAAGUGAAGAUAGUAUGUUGAUUGUAGAGAGUGAUUUCCCCAAAUAACACAGUCAAGCACCUAGCACAUACUAUGCAUACUUCAUGAUUGGUGGAUUAUUUUUUUUCUUCAUGCAAUAUGCGCCUGCUCCGUUGGAUUCCGGGGAAGAAAAAGAAGGGACCAACCCCUGAAGAGGCAAUUCAGAAACUGAAGGAGUCGGAGAAGAUAUUGAUCAAGAAACAGGAGUUUCUGGAACAGAAGAUUCAACAGGAGGACCUUGACAAGGUGGAUGAACUGAUGGCCGACAUCACAGAAUCACAGGAGGUGGCCAAGCAUAUCUCUGAUGCCAUUUCUCAGCCUGUGGGCUUUGGAGAUGAUGUGGAUGAGGAUGAACUGUUGGAGGAGUUAGAGGAGCUGGAACAAGAGGAAUUGGCCCGGGAGUUGUUACAUGUGGGCGAAAAGGAGGAAGAACCCCCAUUCAAACUGCCCAGUGUACCCUCUACACAUCUGCCUGCAGGGCCAGCUCUCGAAGAGGGUGAAGAUGAAGCACUAAAGCAGCUGGCUGAGUGGGUAUCCUGAUGAGUCUGGGCAUAUCUUCCUGAUGCUGCCAACGAUGGUCUCUUUAAGCGCCAAGUGCUGAGCUAAAGGGACAUAGCCUUUUUUGGAGGCCCUGCUGAGGGUAGUGGUGUGACCCUGCCUAAGAAAGGGUCUAUUGCUCUUGCAUUCCUAGUUCAACUCUGCCAAAGGAUCUUGGUGCAGGAGGAGCCCCGGGGCUCCCUUCUCUUUGAUAGCAGUUAUAGUGCCCUCGUUCCCAAUAAAAUUAUACUGCUUUGUCUAUACUUGAAA